CUCUUCCAACCAAUUACGUCUGGUAACGUCACGUACACUCACUGUCCGACAUGGCUGCUGUGUGGAGAGCUCGUAAUUUCUCUCGCUGUGUCGUUCGUUUUUCUGACCGCGAACUGUUGUAAAUUUAAUUUUGCAGACAACUGAACGUUGGAUAAUUUUACUGACAGCCACAACAUGGCUGAAGAAGGUGAUAAUGAUGGUCACUUUGCUGAUGUCCAAAGUGACAGUGACAAAGAAGAGCUUGCUGUGGAAAAACGUCAGACAGAACUUCAUGUAUUUCGAACUCGAUGGAUGUCUGAAUUAACCCCAGCAGUGGGCGCUACCUGUGCUGAAAUUGGAUCGGCAAGGUUGCAGAAAAGAGGAUUGACCCAAAGAGCUUUGGAUUCCAAAAUAAAACAGGAGCUGGCAAGAGAAGAAAUGGCAAGAAAACUGUUUCUGAGAGCAGUGGAACAGGAACAAAAUGGUGCAGUUUAUGAAGCCAUCAAAUAUUAUCGCAGAGCCAUGCAGCUUGUACCUGAUAUUGAGUUCAAAAUAAACUAUUCUCGGACUCCAGAUGCAGAUGGACUUGGGAAAUCCUUUAUGGAGGAUAUGGAUGAAGACUCUGAGGUUGCGGAUCUUGUGGCUAGUUUCCAGCAGCAGCUAACAAUGCAGGGCUGUAACCUAAACGUGUGUCAGCCAGAGUUUGAAACAACGCAGACUCAUAUUUCAGACCUGCCAUGGGAGGUUGUUGCAUACAUUUUUCGAUGGGUGGUGUCAAGUGAGCUGGAUGUAAGAUCACUGGAGCAACUAUCACUGGUCUGUCGAGGAUUUUACAUUUGUGCCAGAGACCCUGAAAUUUGGCGCUUAAUCUGUUUAAAAGUGUGGGGUAGAAGCAGUAAUAAAUUGCUUCCAUAUACCUCAUGGAGACAGAUGUUCUUAGAAAGACCUCGUGUCCGUUUUGAUGGUGUGUACAUCAGUAAAACAACAUACAUCCGCCAGGGGGAGGAGUCUCUUGAUGGGUUUUACAGAGCCUGGCACCAAGUGGAGUAUUACAGGUACCUAAGGUUCUUCUCAGAUGGCCAAGUAAUGAUGUUGACUACUCCAGAAGAGCCACAAACAAUUGUUGGUCGUUUACGGACAAAAUUUCCAAGAACUGAAGCAGUUUUGUUUGGCCAUUACCGUCUUUCCCCAGAAACAGACAAUCAAACCAAAGUAUAUGCAGUUUUGAACAAGAAGAAGGAAGAGAAACCACCUGAGUACCAGAGAUACAGAUAUAUUCGUCGUGCCUCUACUCCAGAAACAGAACACUUUUUCCAUAUUGGUUUGCAGCUGUGUUGUACUGCACGGCAGAAAUUCAACAAGUUGGUCUGGAAGCACCAUUCAUGUCAAAUUAUACACAGAUCAACCGGUGAAGCUGCAGUUACUACAUUUGACAUUGACAAGAUGUACACCCCAUUUUUCUUUGCUCGUGUUAAGAGCUACACUGCAUUUUCUGAAAAGCCACUUUAAUCCUUACCACUUCUGACUCCUGCACAAGUGCAAUGUUUUAGCUAGUAGCCAUACCUGAAAUGGCAGUGGCAAUGUAUUUUAAUUUAAGAGUUAUUUUUCUGAAAAAUGUAGUUAUUACUGUAAAGAGGGACGUCCUGCUUUAUAUGAGUUUUACUAUCCUAGAAUAAAUUUGUUAAGUAGGUAAAUGUCUGCAUUGUCAGAGCAGCACUGGGGAUGGUUUUAUUGCUUUUGUUUUCUGUUUUUUAAUGACUGUUUUUCUGUACAGUUUGCCAGACAUCAUUAAGGCUUUUUUAGGUAUAGAGUUGGCUAGUUGCCACCACACUGAUAGAAGCCUGUUUGUGUACCUUGAAGAGUGGACAAGAAUGAUCUCCUUCCAUAUCACUGUUUCAUUAUUCAUAACUGAAGGGAUCUCCUGCCAAGGGCAGCCGAACAUCCGGCCAGUACACCAAAGCCUUUAGUACUUACAGGUGCCGUACGAUGCAUGUACACUCCCUGCACAAGGUGUAGUUCAUAAAGGUGAUGUAAGGACGUACACACUCUGAACUUCUUUGCUGCCAGUCUGAACACCAUCUUUGAUUGUUCUGAAUGCUUUUCUGCUGUGCUCGUUACCAAGCCAUGUUUCAGAUAAGUGCCCCAUUGGGGUUUCUUGUUAUGUUUCUUUUUUAUUUAGUGUUUGUUGGUUUCAUGUCAUCCAAAAAGGAGAAAAUGUCAGUAUGGGAGGCAGAUUCCCCAGGAAGACCAUCACAACCAGUGUCUCUUCAGUUUGGUUGCUUCCUGUGACCAUAUGUAGUGUUCUAAUUUGCCAAGCUUUUUCCCCAAGAGCCUAUGUAGUCGUGUCUCCUCCUUAUCUGUUUAUCUUGAAAACCAGUGUCUUUAGCUGGUAGCUCAAGGUACAUUGACAGAGUUCUUUUGUCGCAAGUGUUAGCUGUCAGCCAAGAAAUAGAACAAAAAACUUGCGUUGUCUCUCUUGAGGCUAGUGAAACCCCAGAGGAUCGUCCGGUGGUUGCUUCAGAUUCCUCUGCUGCAACCCUUUCUGACUUUUCACACUUCCUUGGAGGCUUUACAAACAUCUGCUCCAGAUGCUGAGGGGGAGCUUUGGCUGAUUAUAUCUGAUGGACUGAGGGGGAUUCCACAGAUCUUGUGCUACACUUAGUGAGUGUCUGACUCUCCCAGGGUGUUUUGUAUGGAUGUCCCACAGGAAAAAAAAAAAGAAAACUAAGCAUGUUUUCCAUGUAGUGAAAUAUCCCUAGUGAGAAUAGCAGGAUUUUACUCAGGGUAUUUAAAUGUUUUUUUGGCUUUAAAGCCUCCUCAAGGAAUGUCUGUGCCUCUCCCCCCCCCCCCGGUCUUCCACUCCUGUUAAAAGACCCAGGAAACUGGACUCCUCUGGUGAGAAACAGGAUUCAGGGAGCAGUCCCAGACUUACUCUUCCAGUAUCCCUUCCCCUUUGGACUGUGGUUCAGAGGAAUAGGUUUCUAUUAGUCCAGAUUCCCCUUUAGAGGAUCUCUCCUUUGGGGACACUGUUACCCUUGUGAUGGAAUUCUUUAAGUGGGAUUGCUCUCAAGUCUCUGAUAUUGAAAAAAACUAUGAUCUCCUCCAGAUGGAGUCUCCUAAGCCUUCUGCUGUUCCCCCAAUUCUGCUUCCACCUUCUCAGCCCCCUGCUCCCAAGAAACCUAGCAGAUUUUACAAGGUGCCUGAUGAAAGUAAAUUUCUUUGUAAACUGCCUUCUGCUGAACCUUCUAUAGUGUCUGUCUCUUCUGACAAGUCCUCCAAGUUGUUGUCCUCUACCAAGCUGCUUCCUUCAGGUAAGGCUAGCAGGGCCAUGGAAAGUUUGGGCAAGAAUGUUUAUACUGCUGCCACUUUAUCCUUUAGGGCAAUGAACUACCAGAU